ACUAACUACAAAUCAAAAUACAAAAAGUAAAUAAAAUUUGAAAAACUUACUAAAUGGAAUUGAUUGUUGAGAAGGAGAUGUUUCGAUGUUACGAGAUGAUAGAAAGGAGGAGAAAGAGCUCCAAUAAUACUUCAAUCCAAUGAAGAGAUACUUAAAUGGUUGGGAGAGGGAGAGCUCAAAUGUGUUUUUUUAUAACUUUUUUAGAAAAUGAAGAAGAAGGAUUCUGGUACGGAAUAUGUAUCAAAAGCGUCCGGAGAUGUAUUUCCGGUUACUAACAUUUUAUUUGAAUAAAUUGUGUUUUCGAAAAUCUAAGCCUUCUCAAAUUAAUGCAUCACAAUCGUUGAGUAGUAUAAACCCUAGAAACCGUAAAUUCAACUAUUCCGAUCAAUCAUCUUCAUUCAUUCAGCGGCUUCUACACAACUCGCAAGGUUUGUGAAAUAAUGAUUCCGCCGGCGAAAAAUGCGAAGAAAGACAUGAUCAGUGAUUUACCUGAUUGUGUUAUCCUUCUCAUACUUUCGCUUUUGAACUCAGAAGAAGCUGUUCGAACUUGCAUUCUGUCACUAAGAUGGAAGGAUCUCUGGAAACGUCUUCCUCUUCUGAAAUUCCAUAAACCUAAAGAUCUAAAUUCUACGAUAUUCGCCAAUUUCGUGUCUAACGUUUUAUCUCUUCGUGAUUCCUCUAUCUCAUUGCAUGCACUUGAUUUUAAGCAUAAAUUUGGUGUGUUGGAGCCUCACAUACUUGACAAGAUUGCGGAUUAUGCUAUUUCGCACAAUGUUCAACGCUUAAGACUUAGUGUUAUUAGAUGCACGGCACAAAUUCCUACUAGCCUUUGUUCAUCGCAGACUUUAACGCAUCUGAAGAUUUCUAUUUGGUAUGACGGAGUUGCACAAAUUUCUCUCAGUUUGCCAGCACUAACAUAUCUUAAGCUUUGUGUUUCCUGUGAAAAAGUUGCACAAUUUUCUCUCGAUUUGCCAGCACUAACAUAUCUUAGGCUUUCUCUUCGGGCUUGUCGUGAAAACCUGUUUCCGAAAUCUCUCUAUUUGCCGUCAUUAACUACCUUGCAAGUAGAGCAUUUUACAUUUUGUGCUGGUGAUGAUGGUUGCGCCGAACCAUUUUCUACCUUUAAUAAGUUGAAAAGUUUGCUCAUUAAUCAUUGUGAUGUGGAACGUGGUGCAAGAACCCUCCGCAUAUCAAACGCGAUGCUCGUCAAUCUUACUAUAUGCAUUGACUCAUACGAUAACUAUGAUAAAAUUGAUCUUUGUACUCCAAGUCUUUGUGCAUUUGCUUUUCAUGGUUUUAUUAUUCAGAAUAUCUCUUGGGGCAAUAUUUCUUCUCUUAAAGAUGUAACUAUUGAUGCACAAUUAUUUCCAUAUGGUGAGGGAGGAAAUCCUUUGUUUAUAUUCAAUUGGCUCCUAGAGUUUGCUAAUAUAACAUCGUUGACCGUCACUGCAUCUACUCUUCAGAUUCUCAAUUUAAUUCCUGGUGUGUUGAACUUUAAUAACCCUUCCUUGGGUAAAUUGAAGUCAUUAAAAGUGAAUGUUGACGAAAUUCAAAAUGGAGUUCGCUUGAAAUUGUGCAAGGACAAGUUGCAGAAUGUCAAAUCAAAGAGAGAAGCUGCCAGGAUAGAGAGGGCGUAUGCAUUUGGACUGGAACCAUCUCCUGCUGUACCUGAUGGAAUUGUGAACUUCUUGCUUCACAAUUCUCCCUCGGCGGAAGUUGACUUUGUUGAUUGCACAAAAAAACAGCGUAGAUGGAGACAUUUAUAAUUGGAAGACGCGGCGAUCAAUGAUUAGAAAGCGUGGAGAAGAUAUGUUUUCUGUUCCAACUGUAUUUACUAUGCAAUAUUCAUGCCGGUUUGUAUACUUUUGGGGCAAAUGUUGAUGCUGGCUCAAGUGCCCAAUAUGGUUUAUGUACUAUUACAUGUUCUUGAUGAUCUGGCUUGAGUUUGUGGGCUGUUCAUUAAAGAUCAAAGCCUUGCUUCAUGAAGUUCAGAGAUAAAACUUUGUGAUUGAUAAUCUGUCAUACAAAGGAUUUAUGUUAAUUUGAAUAUCUGUUUUGCGGGUUAUUUUGGAUUAAAAUUAUGUAGUUAAUAACUCUUAAAAGGUUAAAGAUUUUCAUUUUUCAA